GUCCUUUGCCAGCGUACAUCUGCUGCUGCGGCAGAGAUGGGACUCUAACUCAGAGGAGAACUUUAUGCUUUGGAGAUCAGUCUUCCCAGGAUGCCUCUCCACACUUGAGCACCUUAAACGGGGAAUAUUUCAGCUGGAGAAUAUUUGCUUCUACUCUCAUUCAGGCUGAGGCCUGUUUUAAAUUUAGAAUCAUGUCCCAGUCCUGGUGUGGGCAAGCCAUACUGCGUGUGGAGCUGGGCAUACUGGUGGCAGUCCUGGUGGUCAGCGGCAUGGCACAGAUAUAUGAAAGAAGGGAAGAAGGGUCGUCCUGCUAUGGAGGAUUUGAUCUUUACUUUGUUCUAGACAAGUCUGGCAGUGUGCAGUAUUACUGGAACGAGAUCUAUUACUUCGUGGAUCAUCUCGCCCACAAGUUCAUCAGUCCUCAGCUGCGGAUGUCUUUUAUCGUCUUUUCCACUGAGGGACGGAUCCUCAUGCCGCUAACGGAGGACAGAGAGCAAAUUCGAGAGGGACUGGAGGAGCUGCGCAUGGUGCAUCCAGGUGGAGACACCUUCAUGCACAGAGGCUUUCAAAGGGCCAGUGAGCAAAUAUACUAUGGCACCGGGUAUGGCUACCGGACAGCUAGUGUUAUCAUCGCCCUGACAGACGGAGAGCUGAGGGAGAAUCAGUUUGACCUGGCGGAAAGAGAGGCUGGCAGAGCAAGGCAACUCGGUGCCACUGUGUACUGCGUUGGGGUGAAAGACUUCAACGAAACACAGCUGUCCACCAUCGCUGACAGUAAGGACCACGUUUUCCCUGUGCAUGAUGGAUUUCAAGCUCUGCAAGGAGUUAUUGACUCGAUUUUGAAGAGAUCCUGCAUCGAGAUCCUGGCAGUAGAGCCCUCAAGUAUCUGCGAAGGAGAAAACUUCCAGGUGUCUGUCAGAGGAAACGGUUUCCUUCACGCCAGAGACGUGCAGAAAGUCCUCUGCAGCUUCCGCAUCAACGACACAGUGACUUUCAUGGAAAGACCUUUGGUGGUGAGAGAUACUUAUCUUUUGUGUCCAGCUCCGGUUCUGGAGAGAUUUGGAACGUCAGCCACUCUCCAUGUCAGCAUGAAUAACGGCCUCAGCUUCAUAUCCAGCUCUGUCACAAUUACUGCCAUCACCUGUUCCGACGGGACGUUUGUGGGCAUCGCGUUGCUCAUCCUGCUGCUCUUGUUCACCGUUAUCCUGCUGUGGUGGUUCUGGCCUCUCUGCUGCACCGUGGUUAUUCAUGAGCCGCCUCCUCCUGUGAUUGAAGACCUCUCUGAUGACGAAGACGGUUUUCCAAAGAAGAGGUGGCCCACUGUGGACGCGUCGUACUACGGCGGCCGUGGAGUCGGGGGAAUCAAGAGAAUGGAGGUCCGCUGGGGAGAUAAAGGCUCGACUGAGGAAGGAGCCAAACUGGAAAAAGCCAAAAAUGCUCGAGUUGUGAUGCCCGCUCAGGAGUACGAUCCGCCUCCACCGCGGCUUUAUUACCACACACACAAAACCAUCCGAUCCCAGAAGUGGUAUUCUCCCAUUAAGGGAAAGCUGGAUGCUCUGUAUGUGCUGCUGAGAAGAGGCUACGACAGAGUUUCAGUGAUGCGACCUUAUCCUGGAGACAAGGGUCGGUGCAUCAACUUCACCCGGAGCCCGUCCUACCCGCCUCCCCGCUACCCCAUCUACAACCACUCCUCCACGCCUGUCUACACCUUACCGCACAGGUGCCAACGGCGCCCAUCCGAUGACUGCGAGGACCUCCACCUGCCCCCCUCGCCAACCUCCACCCUGCCGCCUCUGCCGUCGACUCCGCCCCCGUCCUCCAGCAGCUCCUCGUACACGCCUCCUCCCGACAGAGACCUGCCGUCGACGACCAACGCCAGGCAAAACUCAGCGCCGCCGUCUCCCACGGGCUCCCUGCCUCCGCCACCUCAGGGGUCGCCUCCAUGCAGAGCCCCUCCGCCCUCACGCCCUCCUCCGCGACCCAACCACGAGAUCAACUGAGGGCGCAAGAAUCUCAAAAUUUCACCCACAAAUCGCUGAAAUUGUGUUCGAACAAAAAUACAUUGACUUUGCUCAAAAAAAAAAAAAAAAAAAAAAUGCAUAAAACAUAAAAUAGUGAUUUCUUCACAAGUCUACGUCAGAUAGUGUAAAUAAUAAGAGUUGUUUAGAUGUUUCUGUUUCGUUUGUCUAUUACAUUAAAAAGUGCUCGAUGAAACAGUCAUUCACUGUUUGUCAGAGUUUUGGAGCUGCUUAAAAUCUUAAAGGCAUCCAAAAGUUGCAUAAAAGGAACUUGAACAAUAUUGCGUUUGUAUCUCGUGAGAAAAAUACAAACCUGGUGUAAACAUUCGGACAGUCGACGUUUUGCUGGGAUCUGAGGACUUCAGAAGGUAUUUUGAACUGGCAGAGGGCACAUAAAUGCAAAAACCACUGAUAUUCCCACCUGGGAAACUUUAUGCUCACAAACCAUCACUUUAAUGCUCUGCCUGCUGACGCUACUAGCACUAUUUGUUGCCACCUUGCCAUGAAAUGUGUUGUGUCCUCAUCAAUUAACUCUGAGUUCUUUUAAUUGUUUAAUAAUCCUGGACCGAAGUGUGUUUUCAGCAGAAUGGUCGCCUUUGGUAAUUCGAGAGAAAUCCAUCUUCUUUUGCCUGCCUUACUGUCUGAUAUUCUGCCAACAGAUAUUUUGUUUAUUUGUGUCGUGCUGGACUUGGUGUUUCUCUCAGAUUUAAUCCACUUCUUAUUCCUCAUGCAGACCUCCAAGUACACAAAUCCUUCUCUGUUGGAUCUCACGCAGGAUGGAGAAGAGGUACCACACUGAGACCGGAUUACUGAAAUAAAAUGUUUUAAGUACAUGUAACUUUAAUUAAUUUCUGAUCCCUUUGAGUGACAACCUGGAGGUUAUCUUUACAGGUUUUCAUUUCCUGUAAAGUUAAACGUCUUUCUCCGGAGAGUUAAUCUGUGACUGACCCAGCAGCAGAUCUGAAACCUUCGAUUUGUUCACUGUGCAAUAAAACUUAAAAUAAUUUG